AAUUUUAGAGGAUUUUAACAGAUAUUCUAAACGAUGGCGUGGAACAUCAGCAACAAUUGUAGAAACAGAAAAUUCAGUUGUGUGGGGUGUAGUCUGGGAAUUACAUAAAUGCAAUUUAGCUACAUUAGACUGCCAAGAGAGUGUUCAGGAUAACAUAUAUCGUGCGAUGUCGGUGAACGUUGAAACUCCUGAUGGUAGAACUCUAAACUGUAGAGUAUAUCAGCAGUGUAACAAUCCAAAAGAAUAUAUAAAACCAGAAGACUUUCCAAUAGAUAAGAGGCCUUCACCGUUAUAUCUGAAUAUGAUUUUAAGAGGAGCUGAGGAAAACAAUCUUCCCUUUGAGUAUAUAAAAUUCUUAAAACUAUCCCGCACAAUGGAUAUGAAGGAGAAUAUGACAUUAGAAGUCUACGGGGACAACUUACUCGCAGAGAGGAUACGUUUAAAUAAUCCGACUGCAGUAAUGAAAGACAUCGGUUACAUAAAGGAAUAUGCUAUUAAAAGGGCUAAGGAAAACAAUCUUCCCUUUGCGUAUAUAAAAUUCUUUAAAACUAUCCCACAUAAUGGAUAUGAAGGAGAAUAUGACAUUGGGUAAGCAACAAGUUGAGUUGUGGUACAUUCCUAGCUGAAAACUUUGUUUAUGUAAUAAAUAGUUCUAUAUUUAUAAUGUA